AUGGCGCCCCUGUCGCAUGAAUUGAUCGCGGUUCUAGACGGGCUCUCUGGACCAGACUACGCGAAAAUCGUCGGGACACUUCGUCCAAAGAUUGUCGAGAAUACAGAAACCCUCGAUGCAAUCGGAGCCAGGGGCCAUGUCAGUCCGCAGGAUCGAGUCGCAGCCGUGGCGGACGCAGCAGGAGCCCUAUUCGACGGCGUGUCCCGUCCCUCUCAGAACCCAGCAGAGCACCAAUCUCUGAUGAAAAAGAACUGGUCGACGCUAUGCUGGCUCCCUGCUGGAUGCAUCAUCAGACCUCGCACCGUCCCCGAGGUGGCGCUCGCUUUGCGCCUCGUCACGCAUUUUCGGACCACCUUUUCGGUCCGUAGCAAUGGCCAUAUUGCCGAGCCAGGCUUCAGCAGCGUCGGCGAGUCGGGCGUGCUGCUUGACUUGGGGCGUCUCAACCAGAUCGUGUUGUCCGACGACAAGAGCGUCGUGCACGUUGGUCCCGGGGCGACCUGGGACGGGGUAUAUGAGGCGCUCGAGAAGCACGAGCUCACGGCCGUCGGCGGACGCAUCAAGGGCGUGGGCGUCGCGGGCCUGAUCCUCGGCGGGGGCAUGUCGCAUUUCUCCAACGCCUGGGGCAUGGCCUGCGACUCUGUGCGCAACUUUGAGGUCCUGCCCGCAGACAGCAGCGUCGUCCAGGCAAACGCGACCGAAAACGCAGAUCUGUUCUGGGCCCUCAAGGGCGGCGGCGCCAACUUUGGCAUCGUUACCCGGUUCGAUCUGGACACCUACCCAGACUACAAGAUAUGGGUUUCCGUGCGGACCUUUGCGGCUCAAGAGGUUCCAAAGGUUAUGGAGGCGGUGACGACGUACCAGAAAGCCAUGGAGAAUGACGAAAACUUGGGCUUCAACGCCGUCGGGGUCUCUGGCUUCGUCUCGACGGCGGUGAUAUACCGCGGCCACUUGGACGAGGCACACCCAGCGUGCAAGGUAUUCGACGACAUCGAGGCCGUGGCGGCUCCUCCACCGGUAAACACUACGCAGGCCGCUCUUUGCGCGAAGCUGUGCGAAGACUUCAAAUUGGAUGGAAAGGCCAAGCGGCGAGUCGGCACGCUCUCCUUAAAGCCAGACGCGGACGCCUACAUUGACUUUUUCAACCUGCUGUGUGAAGCCCACGCCAAGGAGGAAUUUCAUCUGCAGUUUGUGCUCCAGCCUCUGGGCAAGGCGGCAGUCCAUCAGGGGCGACGCCGCGGCGGCAACUGCAUGAACAUAAGCGAGACCGAACAGACAUGGGCCGUCGUCAUGGGCGAGUGGACGGAGCAACGCCACGACGAGGCGGCGCAGUCCGCGGUGGACAAACUCAGGAGUCAGUUUGAGCUUGCUGCCAAGAGUCGCGGACGAGAUCUGGACCUUUUAUACAUGAACGACGCUUGCGCGUACCAAGACCCCCUCGGCUCAUACGGCGCAGAAACGGUCGACAGGCUUUGGGCUGUGAGCCGCAAGUAUGAUUGGAAGGGUGUGUUUCAGGAGUUGCAGAAUGAUGGGUUCCUGCUUUCCAAGACGGCAGGACUAUGA